GGAGCACGCCUCCGUCUCGCCCUUUCCCGUCCCUUCCAUCGCCACGCCUCGCGUCCUCUCCGCCAUUCCCCCGCCGCAUCUGGAGCGAGCUCCCACCCGCCGAAUAAACCCCCCAAAACCUAGCCGCCGUCGCCGCCGCCGCCGCAGCGGCAGCAGCAGCCAUGAACGCCUUCCGGUUCCUGGGGGACAUGACCCACCUCUUCUCGGUCAUCGUCCUCCUCCUCAAGAUCUACGCCAACAAGUCCUGCUCAGGGGUGUCGAGGAAGACGCAGGAGCUGUACCUGGCGGUGUUCGUCGCGCGGUACCUGGACCUCUUCACCGACUACAUCUCGCUCUACAACUCCGUCAUGAAGAUCGUCUUCAUCACCACCUCCGCCGCCAUCGUCUGGUACAUGCGCCGACACCCGCAGGUGCGCCGCACCUACGACCGCGACCAGGACACCUUCCGCCACGUCUUCCUCGUCGCCGCAGCCUUCGCGCUCGCCCUGAUCUUCAACGAGCGCUUCACCUUGCGCGAGAUAUGCUGGGCGUUUUCGAUUUACCUGGAGGCAGUGGCGAUUCUACCACAGUUAGUUCUACUCCAGAGAAGCAGAAAUGUGGAUAACUUGACUGGACAAUAUGUUCUCUUUCUUGGCGCCUACCGUGCAUUCUACAUUCUAAACUGGAUUUACCGUUAUUUCACGGAGGGCCACCAAAGCAGAUGGAUCCCUUGGAUUGCUGGUUUGGUCCAAACCGGUCUAUAUGCUGAUUUCUUCUACUACUAUUUCUUAAGUUGGAAGAACAACGUGAAGCUCGAGUUGCCUGCCUGAGCAUCCGCGUGGGGUCAUGUCAGAGAAGGCGCAACACAUUGCAUGGCUCAGAAGUGUUAUCACAGUUAGGUUGAUAAUAUUUGCAUGGAGAGAGUCGGCAAUGUGGUGAAAGUCGAAACUGGUACACUUGAAUCUUGACCGUGAGAAUUGAUUGAUGGUCUGUAUUGGCAAAAGCUAUAUUACGCUUGGGAAGCUAACAGUACAAAAGUAGACUAGUUCCAUUUUGUACCUGAGAUGGAGGUUCAGCAAGUCCAAAUUCAUUUGGUAUGUUGUUUGCCCGCCCUAUUUCACCUGCUGUAAACAAACAAACAAACAAACGAUGCCAUCUUAUGUGAACCAAUGCAAGUUUGAACUA